AUGUCUUCGUCCAUUAAUGAAAUCGAUCCUCGACUGAGAGAGACGUCUACUGUCGCCGUCCCCUUCUCCCAGCGCCCGACUUUCUCAACGCCACAGCCCGCCAACUCGACAAUAUCGCAAGCCACGCCGCAGUAUCCUCCAAUUCAAGAGGACCAGUCUCAUCAGAAUAUCUAUCCCAACACCCCUCAAUCUGCCGGCAACGUGACAGAUCAUGAUGGCGCCAAUGGCCUCGAUGGGGGCGCAAAUGAUCCAAAGCGACCCCGCGCCUGCGAGGCUUGUCGCGGACUCAAAGUGCGUUGCGAACCUGACCCCAACAACGCAGAUGGACCUUGCAAGAGAUGCGCGAAGGCGCAUCGCAACUGUGUGGUCACUGUACCUAGCCGCAAGAGACAGAAGAAGACAGACAGCCGGGUAGCAGAACUGGAGAAGAAGAUCGACGCGCUGACUGCCAGUCUUCAAGCAACGAAAUCUGUCCCUGGCUCUGCGCCCUACAGUAGUGAGAAUGGCUUGGAAGAAAACAUGAAUAUCCAAGGCCGGUCAAAUCCCUACCAGCAGGUCACUAACGGUGGUUACGGGCCUCCUUUCGCGGGCCGCCCUGAGGCUCGAAUGACCAGCGAAUGGGCUGCUUACCCUAGAGCCCCAGAAUAUGAAAUGAGAAAGCCUUCAGUCCCGCCAAUGGUCGUUGCAGGACAAAAGAGAAAGCACAUGGAGACUCGCGAGUAUUCCGCAGCCUCCCAGUCUCGAUCUCCAUCCGCUGGAGGAGCGAUCCGAAAAUCGACAGACGGUGGUUCUGGGCCCCAGCGGGGCUCUUUGUGUGAACCCUUAGCGGGGCAGUCGUCUCAGAAACAUACCGUAGCACAUGAGUACGCGGAUGUCAUUGACAGGGAAUUGAUCACAGCAGAUAUGGCAACUAAGAUGUUCAACUGGUAUGUUGAGAAAAUGGCUCCUCAUAUGCCAGCUGUUGUCUUUCCUCCUGGUACAACCGCCGCCGAAGUUCGCAAGUCGAAACCUACCCUCUUCCUGGCUAUACUCAGUGCAAGUUCUACGAUGAAUUAUCCUGAGAUACAGAGAGUAUUGACAAAGGAAAUCAUGAGCAUAUAUGCUGACCGCAUUAUUUGCAAUGGAGAGAAGACCUUGGAGCUCAUACAAGCCUUGCACAUCAGCACACUCUGGUACUGGCCCCCAGAGCACUUUGAGGAGAUCAAAUUCUAUCAGCUCAUUCAUAUUGCGGCUGUUAUGGCGAUCGAUAUUGGUAUGGGGAAGAAGUCAAAGUCUACAAAAAGUAAGAAUGCAGGGCUAUGGAGAGACCAUCCAUGGCGACGAACUCCAUAUCCUGAUCCAGAGAGUAUUGAAGCUAGACGAGCGUGGUUGGGCUGUUAUUUCCUGUGCUGUAACGCCUCUAUGGGGCUUCGCAGACCGAACUUGAUUCGCUGGACUCAGUUCAUGGCUGAUUCUGUUGAUAUUCUUGAACAUUCGCCUGAUGCUGCUCCCACUGAUAAAAUAUUAUGUCAGUGGGUCCGUAGUCAACACAUCGCGGAAGAAAUUGGGACACAAUUUUCGAUGGAUGACCCUGUUGCCAACGUCAGUAUUGCCGAUCCAAAGGUUCAACAUGCUCUGAAGGGGUUUGAGAGAGACCUCGAGAAAUGGAGUAGCCAAAUACCGCCAGAAGUACGAUCUCCGACUCUAAAGAUUACAGAGCAUGUUAUCAACCUUUAUAUGCAUGAAGUUGCUAUGCAUGUUGAUCAUAACGUUGACGACUUUAAGCCUCCUUUUACUGAAGCCAAUCUACGUACUGAAGAGCCUGAUUCCCUCACUGCUGCACAUAUCAGUGCUCUUUCAGUCUGCUUGGCCUCAAUUGAUGGCAUAUUUGACACAUUUCUGAAGCUCGAUGUUGAGACUAUCCGAUGUCUACCUGUCGCACAUUUCGUCCAAAUUGCAUACGCGGUUGUCAUCCUUAUCAAAAUGUAUUUCGCUGCUGCUACUCCUAAUAGCGAGCUUGGUAAGAUCAUUAACAAGGAUGACAUGAAGGUUGAGCAAUAUCUGGACGGAUUUGUGAAUAUUUUCAGGGCAUCUGCUGCUGAGGACAAGUCAAGACCGGCAGCCAAGUUCUUAAUGGUUCUAAUCAUGUUGAAGACAUGGUUUCACCGCCAAAGAGAAGCAGGUAAACUGCCACCAGCAACUAACCAAGCGGAGUCAUCCACGGCCUCAACUGUUCCAACGUCGAAGUCAGAUGCGGAGCAUCCCGCCGAUAUGCCAACUGACAGCAACAAAAGUGGAGUCCAUCCAAGUCUUCAACAGCGACCAGGACAACAGCAUAGCUACGGCCCUGCCAAUACCCCCCUUCAGUUACUUAGCGAGGUCGCAACAGGAAACUCAGGAGGGCAACCUCGCACUGGGAGUGUCAGCACCUACCCAGGUUCCUCGAAUGAUUGGCAGCAGACACAGCAGCAACCACAAUCAUUCCAGAACUACGAUCCGGCCCUGAACCAAAUGCCUUCAACGGUCACACCAGGGUACGGCAACAUGAACAUGGGAGCAAACAUCGAUCCAUCGUUCGGCAUGGAUUUUGAAUACUCGAUGGGCGAUGGUUUUGAGCAAGCAAUGGGCAUGACGCUCGGAGUUGCAGAUUUCGGAACUUACUUCAGUGACGAUGCGUUCUUCGGCAACCUUAUGGACUCGGUUGGGGGAGCAGGGCCUGGCUUUGAAGGAUUCUGA